AUGGAUUCAAUAGCGCCUGCAGCAGAACGUAUCGGAAACUCCGUCCUUGAAAAGAUUAGGGAAACUACGGACCGACGAAACACAGUCUAUCGAGUUAUACUAUGUGGCGAAAUCAUUCCUGGCUGCGAUCGAACAGAGCUAGCUGCAUACUACCAAAAGUUCAUGAGACAAUACCAGUCCGAUCUAGAUCACGUCACUGGUCUACUCAUAAUGCAACCAACCUCCUACUUGAAUAUCAUCGAGGCAAGCUGA